GAACUUCAGCUUAGCAAGCUUACUUCUGCAUCGGAUUAUUUGUCUUUGCUUAUUCUGAUACUAUAUGCUCAUCUCUGAAGUCCUUCUCGGAUUAGUUUCAUCAUCACGCCGUUAUCAUCGGCGUUGGAUAGCAUCAAAGUAAAGCUGCCCCGCUUUACAAUCCGGGGUCGCUUCGUCAUUCAGAGAAUCUCUACACAAAUACUUCGUGCCACCAAUAACCAUGAGCUCCCAUGUUGUGGUGAUCGAUUCUACAGCUAGACGAGCCACUAUCAAGACAGCCCCAUCGAAACCCUUGGCAGAUGUACUGCAAGAAGCUUGCACUAAGCUAGGACUGAAUGCCAGUCAAUAUGGCCUCAAACACCAAAGUAAACAACUUGAUUUGUCACUUCUCUUCCGACUGUCCGGUCUAAGCUCCGGCGCAAAACUCGAACUCGUACAACUUUCAAAAUCACCGUCCGUUGUGACAGUUGCCCUUCAACUUCCAGAGUCCGAAUCACAGGGUGUCCCGAACGGGCGACUUCUUGACAAAUUUCCUAGUACAACAACGCUAUGGCUGGUACUGAGGAAAUUCGAAGCUGGUGUUGCCGGGAAUGGAUCUACAAGAAAUUUGACUGCCCGAGCUGCGCCUGCUACAGAUAGUGGAAAUAACGGGACUGGGAGGUUAUAUUAUCAGACACCGGUAUUACAAGUAAUGGGUCGAGAGUUGGCAGAAUUUUCGGAUUUGCAAAAGUCAUUGGCACAGUUGGGUUUUAAUAGUGGCAAUGUGCUUUUUCGAUUAUCGUUCCGGACGACACAACAACCGUUCGAAGAAGCAGUGGCGAUGAUUGAUAAAUAUUUUGAGGCACAUGGUGAGAAAGCUAAGGUCAGCUCUACAGCCGAGACGAUAACAGCUGCCACAGGAUUAAAUGAGCCAGCGCAAUUAUUAGAACCUGCCGCAACGACUGGCCUGACUGAAGCAGAACCUAUGGAUACACAAGAGGAUAUAACACAACCAGCUGCCGGGGUCCCUGUAUCAGAUCCGCAACGAACAGAAGCAGUCGCUCCUCCGCUUGUGUCUGAUCGACCAGUCACUGUCUAUAAACCACCCACAAAUACAACUCCUCAUUCAGCUUUAACAUCCUACAACGAAGAAGAUUAUGUCCCUAGCAUUGAACAUGCCAAAUCACAUCAAGGACGACUCAACCAGCUAUCCCGGAAUGUUCGCCUUCCAAGUGAUAAAGAAAUUGCCGAAAAGGAAGCCGCCGAGCAGGAAAAGUUAGCAGCAAUCACAGAAAUAGACGUCAAAAUUCGAUUCCCGGAGCAGAGUCAGGUUGUUGCCAAAUUCAAGCAGACGGACACUGGAUCACAUCUCUAUUCGUUUGUACGAGGAUGCUUGAACCCAACAUUCGCCAACGAGAAGUUCCAACUAGUAGUAUUCGGGGCAGCAGUAAAGCAGUCACGGACCGGUCCCGGUGGUUCGAGUCAGGCAAUCCCAGAUUCAGAUCAACAGUAUCUGAUCAAAGACCAGGGUCUACGAGGAAGGGUCCUUGUAAAUUUCACAUGGAUUGAUAAUAAGCAAGCAUCUGCCAUGACGGCAGCGACGCGGAUGACGAGUCUCUUAAAACCGGAACUCAGCAGACAGGCGCAAGACAUCCAGAUCCCUAGUGUGCCUGGAGUUGUCGAAGGAGAUAAUAAGGAUAAACCAUCACUCAUAAAUAGACUUGGGACGAAAGGUGAAGGAGAAGGUGGAAGUCAGUCUCAUGGACCCAAAAAGGGAGGAGUGCCGAAAUGGCUGAAACUUCCUGGGAAGAAAUGAGUGUAUCAUGAUGGGUAAAUUUUGUAUAUUUUAUGACUAGCAGAAUGCGUUGUCUAUUUUUCUGAAAUCUGUUACGAAACGAAAGACAGUACGUGGUUGAUUGUACAAUAUAUACAAACUACGUUA